UACCUCGAUAAAAGCACAAUCGGUGCGGUCUCUAUAUUAGGAUUCCUGCCGGACACGGGCAUGACCGGAGAGGAGCUCAACAACCUCGGCACCUUCUUCUACGUCGGUUACUUGGUCUCUCAACUGCCUCACUCGUAUGCGUUCCAAAAGCUUCCUGUCGCCAAAUAUCUUGCAUCUCAAAUCUUCAUAUGGGCCGUGCUCAUCGGCGCAACAGCUGCGUGUAAGAGCUAUCGGGCACUCGUUCCCAUUCGUUUCCUCUUGGGUUUUAGCGAAGGUUAUAUUACUGCUGGUAUCGUGCUCAUCAGUUCCAUGUUCUAUACUCGCACUGAAAUGGGUGAGCGCAUUGGGUGGACAUUCCAGUGCAAUGCCUUAGCCAUUAUCAUCUCGAGUUUCAUUGCAUUCGGGGUAUACCACACCGAAUCUUCACGGCCCGCCCUUCCUGCAACUGCAACAACUCCAGCGAUCCCAGCAUAUCACCCAAAGGUCGCACAAUGGCAAUGGUUCAUGAUCGUCAUCAGUACCAUAACAUUUCUCACUUUCAUCCUAUUUGGAUUAUUCUUCCCAGAUUCACCUACGAGUGCCAAGUUUCUGACAGAGGAAGAAAAAGUUGUGGUGAUCAAAAGGAUCAAGGCAAACCAAACAGGAGUUGAGACGAAGGCUUGGAAGCAGCACCAGUGA